AUGGCUGCCACGAGCACGGCCAACUAUGGGGACCAUUUCGGGGCAGAAAAAUUGAAAGAAUGGCCCGAUCCCAAGGCAGUGUAUUUAAUGGAGGCAUUAGCUAGAGAAGACGUUGACCGAGCUGUACAUGUAAUAUUACUUAGAGAAAACUAUGUUGUGAAGAAAUUAGACACAUAUUUACAGCACCUGGAUUUGUCUAAUGAACGAAGAAGAGACAUCCUACAUAAAAAAUGGGUUGAAAAUGUUGCACAGCCUCUCCAGCAGAGAAUUCUGGAAAAAGUCAUUUCAGCUAGAGGGCUGAGAACCACAAAGCAAGGGCGUUUUGCGUCUUACUUACAGGACACAAAUAAAACGGCGUUCGUCCCGGCCCUGUCUGACCCCCUGAUUUGGAAGCAGCACGAAGCAGAGAACAGAGCCAUUCAGUGUGACACAGGAAAAUGGUCUUCCCUAAAAGGCAUACAGACGGCCAGGCUGCCAGCCAACCUGCCCCACUUCACGUGCACCCGACAUAGGGCGAUCCCAAAAGACAAGCAGAGAACCUCCGCGAGAUCCACGAGGAGUCAAGGCCACGGUCCGUGCAGGCCGGAAACGAUCACCUGUGUAGAAAAGAAGCAACUGCUUGAAGAAGUGGAAAAGACAGCCGACCCAAGUCAGAGGGCUUUUGAAAAGCAGUUCAUUAUCUCGAGGCUCAACCAGGAGACUAAGAGGGACAGGAGGAAGGAGCUGGUAAGCAGGGGUCUGCCGGGAGCAGGGGCUGGGCCGCCCCCACAACAGCCAGACUGA